AUGCUGCCAGAAGCCGUCAUUGCUGGCAGAGCUGAGCAUGCAGGAUGCAGGCAACAGAGGUGCAAUCCAGGCCACGGGCGAAAUCGGAGCCGGCUGUUGGGCCACAUUGUCGACACGUCCUGCGACGGUGGCGCCAAGGCCAUGGCGGCAAACAGCAUAGGGGGCCGUCACGCCGCCCGCAGCCCCGACUCGCCGAUACGCCGAGUUGAAUGGCUGCUGGAUUCGAAGCGAGGCGUCUUACGUCCAAUCUAUCCCAAUCUUGACCUCUCAAAUGGCCGAAAAAUCGACACCCACGCUCGUGGCACCAUCGGCCGCAUCGACCCGCCACCGAGCUUCCAGCACACUGGACAGCCCGAGUCCCUGGAUGAUGUGCUCAAGCAGGCGUUGUCGCUCGAGACGCGCUUCGAGGUGCCCCUUCCUCCCACGCUCAGAAGAGCCUGCCGCAAAAACACCACAUUGAGUGUGGACAACCUGGGCCCUGGUGGCAACCCACCUUCUGCAUAUGAGUCGUGCAAGCGCCGUCGAAUCCAGCCCGACGAGACAGACAUGGACUCGGACGACCAUCAGCGCCAGGCUACCCCGGCCGCCAGCCAGGCAGAGGCUCAACAGCCAUGCGACACCUCCUCGUCUGGUCGCGGCAGCUCGGCUACAUGGACGCAUCUCGUCGAGACUGCCAAGGCUUCAACGAGAACGUCUUUGUUUACGACUCCAAGUGUAUGUCGAGCAACCGUGUGCUUACUGCCGUGCCUCAUGCAGGAGAAUACCCCUUCCCGCUGCAACAGCCCGGCUGACGUGGCACUGCAGGCGACCAGCAGCAAGAGCCCGGGAGAUGCUGAGGACGACACGAAAGCCCCGUCCAACCUUUCGCACCAAGGAGUCUCCACCGACAAUCAAGACUCUCGCAACCCUCCCCUCGAUUCGGCCACGACCUCGUCGGCAUUCGCAGCCAAGCUGGCUCGAUACUCGACGGAUUCGAUGGCUGUGCCUAGCAAACUUUCCGUGGAUGACUCUUCCUCACAUUCGCUCAUGGAUGACUUUAACAGCGUAUCCGUGUCCAUGAAAUCGGGCUCCUGGGCCACAUUUGAAUGGACAAGACCGUGGAAACGGAAUAUUAUUUACGAACUGGGCGCCUGGCUCUGUCCGCAUUGCGAGCGCGAACUGACGCAGGCUGAGGGUUUAGCCGACUCGUUUGAGAGGAUGCCGGGCUUUCCCAUCCAGCAGAGAAAGUGCCUAAACUGCAGAAAACAAGAGUUUUGCAAGAUAUUUGAGUGUUUUCUUUAG